AUGCCUUUUUUAUUUUUGUCUCUUGUCGUGGCUGAUUUGAAAUUUGGAAUGCUGCCAAAAGGGCCUGUUCCGCCUUCAGGACCUAGUAGAGGCUCUUCUAAUUCUCCACCUCCACCACAUCAUUCCGCAAAUUUGAAUUUUGGAAUGCUGCCAAAAGGGCCAGUUCCGCCAUCGGGACCUAGCGGAGGAAUUUCUGCCUCUCCACCUCCACUACAUCAUCCAAAAAAUUUAUAUUUUGGAAUGCUGCCAAAAGGGCCAGUUCCGCCAUCAAGACCUAGCGGAGGAAUUUCUGCCUCUCCACCUCCACUACAUCAUCCAACAAACUUGAAUUUUAGAAUGCUGCCAAAAGGGUCAGUUCCGCCAUCAGGACCUAGCGGAGGAAUUUCUGCCUCUCCACCUCCACUACAUCAUCCAACAAAUUUAUAUUUUGGAAUGCUGCCAAAAGGCCCUGUUCCACCAUCAGCACCGAGCAAAGGCUCUUCUGAUUCUCCUGCUCCACCAAGUCGUGUUUAA